CUUGCUCCUGGGCCUUGGCAGCUGCGGCUCGCAGCUCAGGGCCAGGGCCACACGGCCAGUGAGGCGGGGGCCCGGGGAAGGCGGGCCUCCCCAGGAAUCCUGGGUGGCCUUAGCUGUGGGAGGGGGUCUUCAGGAGGCAGGGGCCCGCGGGCGUCCCGCUGCCAUGGCAGGGCUGCGGACAGAGCAGGCACUAGCGGGUGGCAGGUGCGAGGAGGCCAGCAGCCUCAGGGUGGAGGCCGUGCGGCAGGGAGCGUCGGCGGCGGCUGAGGCGGCGGCGGCGGCGGCGGCGGCGGCAGUGGCAGCUGCAUCGUCGGAGGCGGAGGUUGUGGGCAUGGGGGAGGCCUUGGUGCUGCUGGCGGACGACAUCAUGGAGGCUGUGGUGGAGGUGGUGGCGGAGGAGCAGGAGGAGCAGGAGUCGCAGGAGGAGGAGGAGGAGGAGGAGGAGGAGGAGGAGGAGGUGGAGGAGGUGGUGGAGGAGGUGGUGGAGGAGGUGGUGCAGGCCAAGGAGCGGGAAGAGAAGCCCCGGAAGCAGGGGCGCGCAGAGCCAGGGCGCGGACCCCCGACCUCCCUGAGCCCGCUGGAGGCCCUGGGGGCCCUUCAGUUAGAGCUGAGCGCUGUGAACGCCCAAGCCAACAGGGCCUACUUGCGGCUCAAGCGCAGGGUCCGUCGGAGGCGGGAGCCUCGUUUGGAUCGAAGAAGAGCCAUCAUCCAGGACAUCCCCGGCUUCUGGGCCAAAGCUAUUGUGAGUCACCCCCAGCUGUCGGCCUUGAUCAGUGACCAAGACGAAGACGUGCUGAGCUACAUGAUCACCUUGGAGGCGCAGGAACUGGGCCGCCCCGAGUACCGCUGCAGGUUGAUGUUCUUCUUCCGGAGCAACCCCUACUUCUGCAACCAAGUGAUCCUUAAGGAGUAUCACCUUAGCUUCGCAGGUAGGCGGGCUGUCCCGGGAUGGGGGAAGGCGGCGGGGCGGGGCGGUGUGUGCCCGGGAGGCCUUGGAUGCUGGGCCAGCGGGAUCCCUCCCCUCAGCGUAUGCCCCGCUCUUCCUCUAGGCUACAGGGCGUAUAGUUCCACUCCAGUGCAGUGGUUCUGGGAUUACGAACGGGGAGCCCCCAGCCGCAGGCAGGACGCCGUCAGCCUUAACUUCCUCAACUGGUUGUCAGGCCACGACUGCCCCGGGUCUGACAGGAUUGCUGAGGUGGGGGUCCCCCGGGGCCUGGUCGGAAAUGGCGACGUCGGCGGUGGCCAGCAGCUCGGGGAAGGGGCGUGGGCCCUGUCCCGACCUGCCCGUUCCCUCCGCCAGAUCAUCGUCGAGGACCUGUGGCCCAACCCCCUGCGCUACUACCCGAGGGAGCAAGGCGCCGGGAGAGAGCCAGCGGUGAAGGCGACGGAGCAGGAGAGUUCGGCCGAGUAGAACGAGAGCCCGGAGGCGUGUGCAGACGCGCGUGAGACCGGCGGCCGGGGUCUGGGGCGCCGGAGAGGAGCGAGGAAAGCAUCGCCAGUGGAGGUUGCAGAGGGUGGGCAGCACGUACCCGGAAUGAGGCCGAGAGAGACGUCAACAGGCUAACGAGUGCUCCUGUCUUG